AUGUGCAUUGAACAGCAGGCAAAUAUAGGCGGUAUACUCGGGUCGGACCCAAUAAUAGCUUUGGAUUCGUUGCCGAACGAAAUAUUACAAACCGUUGUUUCCAUAGCGGGGCCAACCAAUCUCAUACAGCUAGUGUCAGAUAAGUUAUUCUUACUGAAAAACAAGAAUAUAAAACUUGCCGUCAACCAUGAGAUACAGAAGAAGUCAAAUUUCACAUUCGACAACCGAGUGACUCUAUUAGACAUGUCCAAUUUUGGAAACUGGAAAGAGCUGAAAUCAUGGGGAGGUAUAGAUCAUUUUGGAGAUGCAAAAGUAUCAGAUUUUAUGUGUGUUGAGGAAUUUAAGUUAUUUGAUGACUACUGCGUGGAAGAGGGGCUCCAAGUUGAAUGCAAAGUGCAUUAUGAAAUUCAAACGAUCGUUAACUACUUUGAAUUUGAAGAGCUAAUGGCUCAUUUGAAUUCGAGCAAGUAUGCUAAAUUAGCUUUAAGUAUGCAUAUCGAUUACAUGAAUCGAAUUGAUGGUUCAGAGAUGCUUAAGAAAUUGGUCCACUUGAAAGAUCGCGUUGUUAAACUAUCUUUAGAUAUACUGCUGGAAUUUGAGCAUGAAGUUAAUUUAGACUUUCUUGAAAAUCUCGAGUUUUUGGAAAUAUCCGGUGAGCAGUACUCAGGCUCUUUGUUAAAUUAUCACCGCCUUAAAGAGUUAGCGCGUCGUUUUUCCUCCCUUGAUAUAACCAAACUUCCACUAUCAUUAGAGAGCCUCCAUAUAGCUGGUUGCGAUGUUGAUAGGCCUGAGCUGAAUCAAGACACCCUAAAAUUUCCAAUCCUCAAACACAUCUCCUUUUCAGACCUGGACCGUUACUUUUCAGACGACAUAGAGAUUAUUCUUCGGUAUAUGACCAGCUCAGAGGUCAAAAGUAUCACAUUUGAUGGCGAGGGAACAAUAUACGAUGACAAUUGGUUUUUAGAGUUUUUGAAAGAUGUUGCUGAGGAAAAGAAUAUCAAAUUGGAAUCUUUAUCAGUAACUGGUCCUAUUGGUAUCCCAUUAACAAUCUACCCGUCAAGCAGACUUGUAUUCAAUAAUAACCAAGCACAUUGCCCCGUGCAUGAUUGGCCCACACUUAAAACUGUUCCUAAUACCUUGACAGAAUUGACAUUGCACAAGAUUUCUUUUAGUUUGAGAGAUCUUUUUUUGGCAAACCCUUUGCACUUAAAAGUAUUGGAUUUGAGUAACUGUUCACUUAACUUUGAUGAAGCCGAACCAAAUUUCAAGAACUUCAAAGCCUUGAGAUAUCUUGACUUGAGUGAGAACAACAUCGGGGACCAAAUAUCAAGCCUCCAAUUCCCAGAUUCAAUUGAAUCACUUUCUUUACAUUCAAGCCGAAUAGGGUCUCUUGUUGGGGUUAAUUUUCCAACAGGAUUGACCAAUCUCGAUGUUUCUUCAAACAACAUCCAAUCGAUGGAUGGAACCCUUUUCCCCAAAAGUCUUUCUCGACUCAAUAUUACUGGCAACAGGAUAAUUGAAUUACGAGGUGACAAUUUCCCAUUGGCGUUACAAAGGCUUGAUGUAAGUAAUGCAACAAAUAUCGAUAUCACCAAGAACAGAGAUGGUUAUCCACUCCAAAUUGAAAGUUUGAAUCUUGAAGACUCGCACAAAGGCACACAUUAUGCGUUACCAAAUAGCCUACAAAGCAUACGAUUGGCCAACUUAAACUGGCCGAGUAGCCAUACUUUUGCAGACAACUUGGUUCGUUUGAAAAUGGUUCGUUGUGGCAUCGAUUUGAGUUGUUCAACAUUCGGGUCCGAUUCGAAACUACAAUACCUAUACAUGUCGGAAUGUAAUCUCAAAACCUUUGAUAUAAAUCUUCCUCAAUCGCUCAAGGAAUUACACUUGAAUUCUAAUCACUUGUCUGAGAUGCCUCCCCACGUUGGUCAUUUGAAGAACUUGAAAAUAUUGCGGCUCGAUAGAAAUAAUAUAACGAAAGCCAUAGUUGAGUUUUACAAUAAUUCAUUAGAGGUUCUUGAUCUUUCUGAGAAUCGGAUUGAAGAACUUGAAUUGUCUUUCCCAGAUGGUGAUACAAAACUCAAACAAAUUUAUUUGAAGAGAAACAAGUUGAAAAAGAUAUCCGUGGAGUCUAUCGGCCAUAAAGGAAAAACCAAGCACAGUAGUUUGUAUGAGUUGGUGUUGGUGGAUAACAAGAGCCUAAGUGGAGAGCAAGUAGCGGCUUUGGCUCCGUACUUUUCAAAAUAUACUCGAUACUUAUGGGGUCCUGAAACUGGUGUUGCACCUAAUCUGCCUCGUUUGCUUCGCACAAUCAACCACCUAGCUGAGGAUCCUGAUAAAAGUGAUUUUUAUUAUUGA